AUGUCGUCGAAGCCCGACCUGACCCAAACUUUCGUCGUCGUGCCUGCAGAGUUGCAAUAUUUCAAGGCCAGGCCAGCCCCGACGGCACCUGAUGGUUUGUACGACUCGCAGAUUAUCGCGCAGAACGAGCAGAACGGGAAGGAUGACCAACACUCGGUACUCUACAACAUUGUCAAUGAUGCCUCAGCAGGCAGUGAAGCGAGGGCCGAUAGUGCCAGACACGCUAAAGGCCUGCAGCAAGGUGUUUUGGACGUCGUGAAUAGCCCCGACGCGAUAGACGACCGGAAAGGGAUCUUCACUACGUCGUUGGCGGCCAUCACCAGGCUUCCUCCAGGAUCGUUACAGGACGGGCUCAACAACGAAGCUAUAGCUUUGUUGUAUAAUACGUUGCCUCAUCCACCAGCAACGUUCAUCGGUCCUCAGUAUCAAUGGAGGAGCCCAGACGGGUAUGGCAACAGCGUCGAGAACCCACAACUUGGGCGGGCGGGUACGCCUUAUGCGCGUAGUGUUCAGGGAAAACAUCCGCUUCCGGGUACAUCACUGCCUGAUCCGGGAUUGGUUUUCGACACGCUACUUUGUGCGCGCGAUUGGCAACAACAUCCCGGGAAGAACUCUUCGUUGACCUUCGCCUUCGCGUCGAUCGUCACCCACUCACUUUUCAGGACAGAUCCUUCCGACUGGACACGCAAUAACACAUCAUCGUAUCUUGAUCUUUCGCCUUUGUAUGGGUACAGCCAGGCCACGCAGGACCAGGUUCGCGAUAAGGAGAAGGGACGUGGACUCCUCUACCCCGACACAUUCAGUGAGGAACGACUCAUCUUCGUACCACCAGCAGCGUCUGCACUGCUUGUCAUCUUUAACCGGAACCACAACUACAUUGCCAACAUACUACUGAAAAUUAAUGAGUGGAAGCGGUGGUCCGACCCACCACCUGCUGAUCCCCAGCAGCGUGCCUUGCAAGAUGAAGAGAUCUUCCAAACGGCUCGGCAUGUCAACUGCGGACAUUUCAUAUCCCUCAUCUUUGGCGACUAUGUUGCCGGAUUCCUCGGACUCCCACGGGAAGGGAACACAUGGAGCAUGAAUCCAUUCGAUCCCAUUACAACAAAGAAAGGCGAGAAAGUCACUCGAGGACAAGGUAACCAAGUUUCUGUCGAGUUCAACCUCCUCUACCGUUGGCAUGCAACGACUGCAAAAGAGGAUAUCAAAUGGACGGAGGACGAGUUUGCAUCCCUUUUCAGCUCAGCGGGAAAAUCAACGGACCAGGUCACCGUCGACGAUUUCAAGGUCGCUGCAGUUAGCGCAUUCAGAAAUAUCGACCCGGAGCCAAGAAAGCGGGUGUUUGGCGGGAUGGUGCGUCAGGCCGACGGCUCGUUUAACGACGACGAUCUCGCACGGAUCUUGCAGGACGCAACUGACAAGGCAGCCGGUGCGUACCGCGCUCGGGGGACGCCGGCGGCGUUGCGCACGAUCGAGAUUAUGGCAAUGGAGCAGGGGCGUCGGUGGGGGUGCUGCACUAUGAACGAGUUCCGUGACUUCCUUGGCCUGGCCCGCUUCAAGUCGUUCUCGGAGUGGUCCAGCAAUCCCGAGAUUGCAAAAACUGCAGAGCUCUUGUAUGGGCACAUUGAUAACCUCGAACUAUAUACUGGCUUGCAGGCAGAGGACUGUAUGGCGUUGGGUCCUGGAAGCGGGAUUUGUUGUGGGUACACGAUGACGAGGGCGAUCCUGGCAGAUGCGAUCGCGUUGGUGCGUGGCGAUCGGUUCUACACUACGGAUUAUACACCUGCGAACCUUACCACAUGGGGUAUUCAGGAUUGCGCCCGCAAUCCAGACAAUGGAGCCUUCGGUGCGGAGCUACCCAAGCUCCUCUUCCGCCAUCUUCCCCGCCACUACCCCGGCAAUAGCACCUACGGCCUCUUCCCCUUCUUUACCCCUGAGGCCGUCAAAGAGAAUCUCACCAAUCUGGGACUCGACCUCUCGAAGUACAACUUUGAGCGACCAAAGCCAAAGCCUAUUCCCAUCGUGCUUAAUACGAUCUCGGCUAUUCGAUAUGUGUUUAAUAAUUAUAACGUCUACAAGCAAACGUACACCGAUGACAUGGAAUUACUGACGAAGGGUUAUGGAUUCAUGCUCUCAUUCGACGAGAAAGAGAAACACGACACUGAUCGUAUGAUGACUCUAAAAGCCCUCUUCCCUGACAAAGAAACCCAAACCCAAUACGUUGCAUGGUAUAAGGCCAAGACUCUUGAGCUCCUCAAAAAGAAAACCUUCAAAUAUCCUGGUGUGCCAGGAAACUACGUUGACAUCGUCAGCAAUGUCAUCAAUCUCGUUAGCGCUCAUUGGGUUGCUGAAAACUUGAUUGGCUUCCAACUGAAAACGGAGGAGGAUCCAUCAGGUGUACUCACAGAACAGGAGUUUUAUCAGAUGUUGGCAGUGCUCUUCACAUGCGUCUUCAUAAAUAUCGACUCGGAGCACUUUUGGGCACUCCGCUCCGGCGCAUUGAAGGUCAGCGAGGUCGUGAUGGGUUUGAUCGAACAGGGAAUUACCAACGCUUCUCCUCUAACUGCAACCAAUGUUGUUGUUGGCGUUUUCACAAAGCUCAAGGAGACUAUCUGGCCACCAUCACGUCAGAAUUGUCCUGGCUUCCUUACCCGCUUAACAGCCUCUGGCAGACCAAUGCGAGACCUUGAGGCUAUCGUUGUUGGGUUGGCCGUCGGCAGUUCCGUCAACUAUGCUCAAGCUGUUUCACAAAUCGUCGACUUCUACCUGGACGACAGCCGUGCCGCAGAAAGAGCUGCGCUCAUUGAAGUGUGCAAGCGCGAUGAUGCAAAGAGCGCUGAACUACUCAAGGGCUACGUCCGCGAGGCCAUGCGUCUUAACCCGCAAUUCGGUGGACUCUUCCGCUAUGCUGUGAAGGACGAUGUCAUUAACCAGGGCCACGGCCUCCCGCCUAUUAACAUACACCCAGGCGAUAUCAUCUUUGGAGGCUACAAGAAUGCACACCGCAAUCCGGACGACUUCCCGAAUCCCCUCAAGGUCGACCCCACUCGCCCAUUGGACAACUACGAGAUCCAGGGAUGUGGUUUCCAUGGCUGUCCCGGCGUCGCUUUCGUAGCAGAGGCUGUUCCGGCCAUGAUCAAAAUCAUAUUCAGCUUGCCUGGUAUCCGACGGGCUCCUGGACAGGCCGGAAUACUUGACGGGUUCAUUCUCAACCAAUUCGAGACUGAUAAUAGAAUGUACAUCACGUCGACUGGUCAGUUCGGGCCGUGGCCGGGUUCCCUCCAGAUUGUGUACGACGAUGCUUGAAAAAUCGCAGGCUGGCCUUGAGCCUCCUUCCACACUUCACUCAGGAUGUCCGUGAAAAAAUCACAAAAUUUCAAAAGCGUUUUGACAUGAACAGACUCGGGAAAAUUUUUAGUGCACAUAUAUUGUACUUAUAUUGAUUCAAUAUUGAUUCAGUAAUGAUCGAACAA